AUGGUGAGAAGCCUCCCGUCGGGCUCAUCUCAGCCCCCCGUCGCCCACAUUUUCAGCUUCCCGUCGCCCACAUUUCAGCUUCCCGUCGCCCACAUUUCAGCUUCCCGUCGCACGCAUUUCAGCGGCCCGCGGCACGCAUUUCAGCUUCCCGUCGCACGCAUUUCAGCUUCCCGUCGCACGCAUUUCAGCUUCCCGUCGCACGCAUUUCAGCUUCCCGUCGCCCACAUUUCAACUUCCCGACGCCCACAUUUCAGCUUCCCGUCGCACGCAUUUCAGCUUCCCGUCGCACGCAUUUCAGCUUCCCGUCGCACGCAUUUCGCGGCCCGUCGCCCUCGUAUCCAAUAUUUCGAGACGCCCACACUUCCCGAGUCUGGUCGCCCUCCAUUCCCUUCCCGAGAACCCUCAUUACCGGACCCGUCGGCCACAAAUCCCUUCCCGUCGCCCCAUUUCCCUUCCCGUCGCACUCACUUCCGUUUCUGUCGCCCUCGUUUCCCUUCCCGUCGCCCACAUCACCCUUCCCGUCGCACUAAUUUCCCGUCCCCUCUCACACAUUUCCACCCCGUCGCCCUCCCCUCAUUUCCCCUCUCGUCGCCCUCGUUUCCCUGCCCAUCGCCCACAUUUCGCUACCUGUCGCUCACAAUUCCCUACAUCCCCCCUUCCUCCCAUCCGCCCUUCCCCUCGUCCGCCCUUCUCUCACAUCCUCUCUCCCUCUCAUCCGCCCCUCCUGUCGUCCUCAUUUCCACUCGUCAUCCCUACCCUUCUUUCGCCACGCGCCCUCAUCCGCCCUCCCCCUCAUCCGCCCUCCCCCUCGUCCGCCCUCCCUCUACGGGGGCCUUCUUCUCGUCCUCCCUCCCCCUCAUCCGCCCUCCCCCUCAUCCGCCCUUCAUCUCAUCCAACCUUCAAUGCAUCCCCCCUUCCUCUCAUCCUCCUUUCCUCUCAUCCGCCCUUCCUCUUAUCCUCCUCUCCUCUCAUCCGCCCUUCCUCUCAUCCUCUCACCUUCUUAUCGUCUCUCCCUCACAUCCUCCUUUCUCUCAUCCACCCUUCUUCUCGUCCUCCCUCCCCAUCAUCCGCCCUCCCCCUCAUCCGCCAUUCAUCCCAUCCGCCCUUCCCCCCAUCCGCCCUUCAUCUCAUCCUCUGUUCCCCUCUUCCCCCCUUCCUCUCGUGGUGGUUCCCUCUCAUCCCCCCUUCCUCACGUCCUCCUGUCCUCUCAUCCGCCCUUCCCCACGUCCUCCCUUCCUCUCGUCCUCUCUCCCCUACUUCCGCCCCCCCCCCCCCCCACCGCCCUCCCUAUCAUCCACCCUUCCUCUUGUCCACCCGUCUUCUCGUCCUCCCACCCCCUCAUCCGCCCUUCCUCUCAUCCAACCUUCCUCUCGUCCACCCUUCCUAGCAUCCUCCCUUCCUCUCAUCCGCCCUUCCUCGCAUCCUCCCUUCCUCUCGUCCACCCUUCCUCUCAUCCCCUCCUGCUCUCAUCCUCCCUUCGUCCCAUCCGCCCUUCCUCUUAUCCUCUCUCCUCAUCCUCCCUUUCUCUCAUCCUCCCUUCCUCUCCUCCUCCAUUCCUCUCAUCCCCCCUUCCCCACAUCCUCCUUUCCUCUCAUCCUCCCUUCCUCCCAUCCGCCCUCAUUUCCCUUCCAGUCGUUCCUCAUUUCCCUACCUGUCGCUCCUUAA